AAUAAGAGCGACAUGAUGCGGAAGGAAAUUUUGAUCAAAACAACAAGUUCAGUGAUAUUCUCCAUAGAAUAAACUGUUUCAACCCGAAUCGAAAGCGAUAAAUUGGAUGUAUUUUUAAAAACUGAACAUGGACAUUUCAGAACAAGUCCAAAACCCUCCAACAGUGUUAGCAGAUGAACUUUCAAGUCAUCUUACCUGUCCAAUUUGUGGGCGAUUAUACUCCGAACCAGUAAUAAGCAUAAAAUGUGGUCAUACUUUUUGUAAGAAAUGUGCUUUCUCAGCUUCACAUUGUCCUGUCGAUGGUAAUCAUUGUGACACCACACAGCUUGUAGUAAACAGAUUAGUUGUUGGCCAGAUAGAAGACCUACUGAUUUAUUGUCAAUAUGGUGUAAUGAAACAAAAUGGAGACUUUGUUUCUGAUCCCAGUGGAUGCCAAGAAAAAAUCCAGAUCGGAAAGAGAAGUGAACAUGAAUCUCAAUGUUCAUUUGCACCUUUGCCAUGUCCUAAUAGUGAGGUUCACUGUGGUAGAUUUCGUAAAUUAGAGUUGGAAUCUCAUACAGAAGUUUGUCCUUAUUUACCUUGUAGUCAUGGAAACAAAGGAUGUGAGUUUACAGGAACAAAAGACCAAAUAUCAGAGCACUUGAAUCAUUGUGGUUAUAGAGGAUUACAGAAUAGUGUUAGCAUAAAAGAUUUUAAUCUACAGACCAGACUUUUAGAAGAAAAUAACAAGGAACUAAGAGAACAUGUAAAUUUAUUAGAGAACAAAGUGGUAUUGUUAGAGGGAAGUAAAACAUCUAUACAAACACAACUGGAAACGUGUGUCAGGGAAAUAACUUCAUUACAAUCAAAAUAUGACAAUCUACAGUCCACUCUUGACCAUCUGAUGUCUGGAAGAAAUAGAAGAUCAAUAAGUUCCCCAGGAAAUGCAGGAGAUUACAGUCUUAGGUCAAGGUCAAACAGUUCUAGUAAUUUAAGUGGAACUAAAAGAAGUCCUUCAAGUUCUAUUAGAGAAGAACAUUGGCAGAUGCCCUUUGUUUUCAAAUGUAUAGGUACUCUGAAGGGUCACAAUGAUAUAGUUUGGUGUCUUGCUACCAAGCGAUAUAAAGUAUUUAGUUCUGGAUCUGAUAGUACAAUUAAGGUUUGGGACAUGGAAAAUUUAGCCAAAGGGUGUAUCAAAACAAUGGAAGGUCAUACAGGAACCAUACAUUCAAUGGCAGUACAUGAAGACAGUUUAUAUUCAGCUGGAGACGAUAGAUCUAUCAGGUUGUGGAAUACUAAGACAUUUGAAGAAGAGAAAUGUGUUGAGAAUGCUCAUGAUAAUAUUAUAAGUGCCAUGAUAGUAGCGGGAGAGUAUUUAUUCACCUCAACAUUUUCAUUGAUAAAGGUCUGGGAAAUAAGAAGUCUGACAUUUAAGACAGUUAUAUCAGGAUUACACCAUUGGGUUCGAGCUUUAGCUUUAUCUAUGUCCAAGGAUAGUUUAUUUAGUGGAUCUCAUAACACUAUAGAUAUAUGGAAUACAGUAGAACCAUUCAAUCUGAAGGGAAAAAUUGACCAUACGUUUGGAUCUGUCUAUUCUAUCACUGUUACACCAAAAUAUGUUGUGGCUGGGACAUACAAUAGAUUAAUUCAAGUUUUUGAUGUAUCCACUUACAAACAUGUAUCCACAUUAAAGGGCCAUAUAUCCACGGUAACCAGUAUGGCCAUUUCCUACUCUGGACGAUUUCUUAUCUCUGGUUCGGCUGAUUUGAAAGUUAUGGUUUGGGAUUUAGAGAACAUGCUACCUAUACAGACAUUACAGCGACAUGAUGGUAGUGUUAACACAGUGAUAGUUGUUGGGGAUUUUAUGUUAUCAGGGUCAGAGGAUAAAGAAAUAAAGGUUUACAGAUACUUCCAAAUGCAGAUGGGAUUUGCACUGCAGGGUGUGACAUAAUGGACAUUUGGAAUAUCAUCUUGUGUUUGGUGCUGAUAUCAUACUUUGUAUGAUAGAAUAUUGAGUAUCACAUGACAGAUUGGAUCUAAACAAACUACUAGUCGUUAUGAUUUUAAAGUAUUUGUCACAUGACUUUAAGAAACAACAAUUAAUCAAUCUUAGGAAAUCACUAUAAUGUGAACUUUUUAUAUUUUGUGCAAAUUUUCGAUUUCAUAGUUCACUAAACAAGGAAAAUGAUAGUGCAAGUGGGGCAUUGUGUCCUAUAGACACAAGUUCUUGUUCUUUGAUGGAAUUACUUAUAUAAUUCCAAUAAACAAUAAAAUUUUGGGCAUUAUUUUCAUAGCUGUUACUCCUUAAUUACAGUUGUUGACUAAUUUUCUUGCCAUUGAUCAGUUCAAUUUGAAUAUUAGCUAGAACUAUUUAAAUUAAUAUUUCUCAAAUGAAACACUUCAUGUAGCUUUACUUUAAAUUUACCAAAGUUCCACCUUGCUAAAUACACAAAAUUCCAAUUUCAGUUUUAUUACUUAAUUGCCUCUGUUGACCUAGGGUCAUUUAGGGGAAAUGCUUCAUAUGGCAGGCAUUUUUUUUUUAGGCAUUAUGUGCUUAUAUAUGUGUGCAGACAAAGAAUUGUGAUAUGUUCUUUUAGAUUGAUUUUCUUUGAAUACAGUAUUUGAAAUAAAACUUUAUAGUCAAUGCAAAAAUAGUAAUGUUAAAAUGUUAUAAAGACAUAAAAGGAAGUGCCACAAUUGUCUUUUAGAAUUGUAUUAAGACAAUAGAAACGUGUUGACAUGGAAAUGUGAAUUAUGCGAUGUUUAAAAUGGUCUUGACAAAAUUUACAGUGAUUGAUUAUAUUGAUAUGUCUGAAUUAUAUUUUUUUACUCACCCUUGCUCAGUAUUAAGUUUACUAGAAAAAAUAAAACAUAGUUUUCUCAUUUACAUUUUAAAAGGAGAUACAACAAAAGUGAUUAAAAAAGAUAUGAGCUGCUUCAGAUAGAAAUCAACCUUAUGCAAGUGCAUGUAUACAUGUACAUGAUAAGACUUUGAUUGAUUUUGGAUCAUUCCAAUACGAAGUAAAAGAUAAAUUUUGGUCUGUUUUGUAGGAUUCUUAUAUCAACUCAAACAACAGUUACAGACUUAACAUAGAAAUUUUUUCAACCCGAAAUAGGAUAACAGAUGUAUUAAUAUUCAUUUGCAUAACUAAGGUUGAUUUCUAUCCUAUGCAGCUCAUAUCUAUUAUUAAGUCCAAAACCUAAGAUCACCCUAAUUCUAAGGUAGUAUUGAAGAAAAAAUGAAGUCGUUCAGAAUCAUCAGUAAUAUUGAAAUACAUUUAAUGUUUGAGAAUGUGCUCUUUAAUAUAAUACAUUAGAUCUGUUGUCAAAACUGAAAUGUUUUUUUAUUUGAAACAUUGAACUCUUAAUGCAAAUGUAUAGUAAUGUAACAUUUUAUAAAUAAUUAAAUCAUUCAGAUAAAAAUUAAUAUCAGAAAAACAUAAAGUAUUUGAAAAAUUGUUCCAAUAUGUAAUAUUUUGUUUCCGUUUGCCAGGAUUGAUCCAUGGUAUUUGAAUCAAAUGAACUCGUGAUGCAAAAUAUUGUAAAAUAAAACAUUUUGAUGUGACUUUUAUAACAAUUCUUUCAAAGAUUUUUUUUUAAUUUCAAUCAUAAGAUGGAUUGUAUAGAAUACACAUGAAAUAUUGUGCAAUGUUAUUACCUUUUGUAUUUAUUGUUCAUUUGUUCGCAUCCUGAAUAUGCAUGAAAUAUUUGCCACUGGACAUUAAGCAAUCAACAAUCAUCAACUUAUAACCAAUAGAUCAGAAUUGGUACAAUGUAGCUAUAGAGUUGUAACAGAUAAAAUACAUUAAAUUUCAGUAUUAUAUAUUACUUUUAUUAAAACGUAUUUUACCCUUUAAAACCCUGUUAAUAAUUUCAUAGGUAGUGAUUUUAUUUUCAAUAUUUUUUUACCUUUGAAGUAAUUUUUUUUUUUAUCUCAUAAGGUAAUUUUCCAUUUAUUUUAUAUAUAAUACAAUUAUUUUUCAAUAGCUGCUCAGAAGUUAUGCUUUUUGUAUAAACACCUUAUUACAUGUAUUCAUAAAAAUUUGUACAAUUUGAUGUACUUUGAGGUUGCUAUAUGGUGCAUAAUUAAAACUAUAUAUUUAAUUUGUAGAAGGUCCAGUAACAACAACACUUUAAGGAAUGCUCCAGUAAUUUAUUGAGAUCGACAUGUUUCGGUGGCUAGGCCACCGUCGUCAGGAUAGAAAACAAUACAUAAAAUCAUAAUGAGGUACAAAAUCGGGUUGAGAAAAUUAAAACGUCACAAUGUUGCUAUGGUGAGUAACAUUAUAAAUAGCAAUUGAAAGAGAAAGUGAAAGUAAGUAUAUAUGGAGGUAAACUAUUAAAAUAAAAUAAAAUAAGAUAAAAAUACAAUAUUUUUGUUGUUAAAAUGUUUGUAAGGAAAGCCAGUCAAAUGGUACGGAAUUGCCAGUAAAAUGUCGUCUAUAUUUGGAAAUAAAGACGUUAAUUGAACACAAAGUUUACACAGUACACAACUGACAAUAAUUUAGUGUAUAAUUCGUUCCACUGUGCAAGAGUGCUAACACAUGAUGGCAGAAUAAUUUUAACAAACAUUUUAACAACAAAAAUAUUGUAUUUUUAUUUUAUUUUAUUUUAUUUUAAUAGUUUACCUCCAUAUAUACUUACUUUCACUUUCUCUUUCAAUUGCUAUUUAUAACGUCUUCACCAUAGCAACAUUGUGACGUUUUAAUUUUCUCAACCCGAUUUUGUACCUCAGCAUGAUUUUAUGUAUUGUUUUCUAUCCUGAUGACGGUGGCUAGCCACCGAAACAUGUCGAUCUCAAUAAAUUACUGGAGCAUUC